AUGACCAUUCCCCCGAGACAAGUAAACAUCACCCACAGCAGGAAGCUUCGCCUCCUCCGCCCCGCCGCCAUCUUACAGUUCCGCCGAGGUGGCCAGGGCCGCCGACGACAAAAUGGCGCCUACGGGCGUCCGGCCAAGCCCUGCCAGCUUAGCCAAGUACUACGCCUCGCCAGUGUCCGGGGAGUCGCGGUUCAAGGAGAAACUCGCGGCAACAGUCUCGGCAGAGAAGACAAGCGGGCCGCCUCCGUGCGACCCAAGAGGGUGAAAGAGGGGAGGGGGAAGGGUCGUCGUACUAGAGGUUGUAUGCACCACAGGGCGCUCUCCGGGCACAGAAAAAGGGUCUUGACACCUAGCCCGCUUCCUCCUGAGUCUUACCUUCCUGGCCAGAGCGUCCAAGCCGAAGAAGACAAAAGCUUGCAACGCGACGACAGAAUAAGCCCAGCUGGCUACCACGAGCUCCAACAACAAAAUGGAGCUGACAGCCGCAGCGUCUGGACUCUCCUCGAAAAUAUUGGUGACGCUGCGAGCGCGUCCCCGCCGCGGGGCGGGACGGGGCGGCGCGUGCGCGUCACUAGAGCGCAGGGAUGGAAGGAGACUAACGUAGGAGCCGUGUGCGCAGGCGCCGGGUGGGGAGCUCAGCGACAGAAGGUGGAGGUGGAGGAGUUGCGGACGGCGGCUCUGUCGGCCAUGUUUUCCACUGUCUAGGUCUUAGGAAAUAACGGGACACUAAUGACACAAGCAAUGGAGAUACAACUGCAUCAAGAUAUUAAUGCUUUAUUGACUUCCUAAAGGCGUUACAUUGGAUAAUGUCACUUCUCUGCCUAAAACACUUUGCUUCCUUCUGUUUUUGGAAUAAAACACACAAUCUUCAGUAGGGCCUAAUAGGCCCUUCAUGACCUGGCCUACCUCUGCAUCUCAUGUGAUAAUAACUUCUUUCUGUUACUUACUGUGUUAACCCCAUCAUCCUUCUGAAAAUUCAUCCACAAGAGUGUGCAAGCCGGAGAGAGGGGCAGAGAGA